AAUGGACCUACCAGCUGACAGAAACCAUGAUGAAGAAAAAUGUGUUUGUACAAUGUCCUGGGUGUGUUUUUCUUUCCUUUGUUGCGAGGAAAGGCACAAGUACCUCACGACACAGCAAUGUUCCCGACGUAAAAUGUAGGAAGGAGAGACCAUGUUUAAGAAACACGUUCUUCUGGCAUACACGGAUUUACAAGCUGCUGGAAGUCGCGCUCUGCUGGGGCUGGACCCUGAGCACCACAAGUAUGAGUACAGGACCCUGCCUGUACCAGAGGUCCCGGGUUUGAAGCCCGCGUGUGUGAGGGGGAGUCCCUGUGCACCGGCAGAACAAGAGUUCCAACCCAUCCAGGUCCUCAACUGCAAGUACGAAGAGUUUUCAGUGGUUGUGGUGAAUGCAGUAGUAAGAGGUGACGUUUGUCACCAUCUGGUGAGCAGACUGCUGGACGAGUGUGAGAGAAGUGGAGUGGAGAAGAUAACAACGGUGACAGCGCUGCACUUCCCACACCCAGGAGAACUCCUGUAUGAGACCACCUUCUUCUCACAGCCAGUGACCUCUGCACCUGCCCUUCCUGAUGACCUGCAGGUCACUGACCCCAUCCUGAACCUCCUGGUGCAGUUCCUUCUAGUGGAUUCCCUCCCCGCAACCUUCCUGGUAGUGCCCGGUCACAAGACCACUGCAGGGGCAGCCAAUGUCUCAGAUGGCUCCCUGGCUAACAUCACAUUGCUCCAAGACACACUGACCAGCAUCACAGGCCUGAGGUUCAGUCAGGACAUCAGCUGCUCUCUGUUGUUCAAAGGAGCAAACAACCCCCAAGAAGCUAUGGUUGACCUCAUCUAUAUGUAACAGCACCUCCAUCCUAUUGUCAGAAGUACUGCAGCUAAUAAAUCAUACAAUACUUUGCAUGAAUACAUGUAUAUACAAAUCCUGUUUGAAUGUGUUGUGGGGUGAUUUAAUGACAGAUUUUAAGAGGAAACCACACUGUGGCCACAGAUAACUGUUGAACAGUACUUGUGGAGACUAGCUUCAACAACUCGACAUUCAAGAGCCCUACAGACCAGCACAAAUACCACUUCAGAGUACUCAGCUUCUCUUAAGUUUUUAGUUUCACAAACAGGUUUUGGAAAGAAGUGUUUGGAGUCAAUCGAUCAAGUUCACUUGAGUCCAAUCUGGCCCCCAGCUUUGAGUGGUUUGGUUUAACAAUACCCAACUAUAAUAACAGUUAUGAAUUUUUCCUUUUUUGUGAGCAAAGUGUACAUGAUUCUGCACCACAUUUCUGAUGGUCUCAGAGUUGUU